AUGCCCAGGCCACUACAACCGAGGGUCCUGGACCUUCGCUUGUACCUCCGGAACACAGUAAUCCUCUCGCUGUUCGUCGGCGGAGUCUAUUCCCAGAUCGGCGGAGGAAUCGGCGGACUCGGCGCUGGCGGAGGACUUCCUGGAGGGGGGAAUAUCCCCGGCGGAGGAUUUCAACAGCAAAACAUAGCUCCGCAAGAUUCGGGGAACUUAUUUACGGGCACCGGCACUAACCCCUUUUAUGGCGUCAACCUGGUCCCGUUCGGGCCUGAAGUUGGAGAUCAUCCGGUGCAUCCUGGCCUCUUAACUGCUGGGCAAACCAUCGAUCUUCACUCUUACUUCCCAUUUUACGGUGGACUUUACAAUUACACCACGGUAGGAAAGAAAUUUUUUAAAUACUUGAGAAAUUUAAUGUUCCAGAUAUCAGUAAAUGGAUACAUGUCGUUUGCCACGGUCCUAGAUCAAGGCCCAACCAUUAAUGUUGGGCCUGAUGCUACGGAUUGGCCAAGGCAACAAGAUCCGGCCAUGAUCGCACCUUAUUUGUGCAAACAGCAGGUGAGAAUUGAUGGAUAAGAUAAAAAGUCCUUGCUCUUUGUAAAAGCCGUUACUUUUCUUGUUGUAAGAUGACAUCUUAUGACAUUUCCUUCCAGAUUAAUCAAAAUCGAGGUCCCGCUCAACGUGCCGGCAUCUAUUAUCGACUAAUGAUGAGACAAAACAUGUUCGGCCGUGGAGCCGGCAACAUGAACAUCGAAGGCCCCUCGAUGGAGGGAUCUUCUAUGUUCGGCUAUCGAACUCAGACUUGUCCCGGCCAAGGAGAUUCCUAUGUGCAAUGUUCGGCCCAGGGGGACUAUUUCUUGGACGAAAUGAUGAGAUGGCUUCAGGAGGGAGUUGCUGGCGCCAAUGCCUUCCGCGCGGACAUGGCCUUGGUUGUGACCUGGUACAACACCGCCUCGGCUCUCUCCGGUCGCGCUGAUAUGGAUGCGGGACAGUUGGCGACCUAUCAAGUUGUCUGGCUGGCCGAGAGAUCGGCCCGACUGAGUUAUGUCAUGCUGAAUUAUGACAAACUCGGCUUCGAUGCGGCCGAUAUUCGGAUGAAUUCGAGGUCCGGAAGAUGUCAGGCCCUCUUCAAUGGAGGAAAUCACACCGGAAUGGUGCUGGUCGACCCCACCCAAGAGUACAAAAACACUCCAAAAGUGUUGGCCCAGAGAUCGGGAGUCCCUCACAUGGUGAGAGGACGGUACAUGUUCCGAGUUGACGAUGUUGUGAGGCCGGGAGGCUGCUCCAACAAGACCGGAGGGACUUAUCCCAUCAUGAUCUACCCCAAUAUUGUGAACAUGUUGGGCGAAAUGAGUGUGGACAUCAAUGCCAUCUGUUUGGAUCGAAGUCAGACCUAUAUUCUGAUGAUUGAGCAACGUCAGGUAAGAAAGCAUUGGUUCUAUUAGACUCUCUGUUGGUUUAGACAGCAACUUGCACAGUGAUCAACACGGCUUUGGCUCGCUGUCAUCUCCCGAAGAUCUAUGAUUGGGGCACAAAAACGGUCUAUUUCCAACCGCAGAGUAUGGGAGCCAACGAUGAGAAGGCGUUUGUGGGAUACAUCUACUUCGGUAAGACCCUAACUUCUUCUUUUUCAUGCCUACCCAUCAAAAAAUAUUCAUAUUUUUUUCAGUUCCGCCAACGUUAGAUCCAAUGCGUUUGGACAUCGGAAACUUAUACGACUGGUACAAAAACCCCAUACCGUACGUGGCCAUGCCCAUCUCAUGGUUCCCGAGGAAUUUUACAAAUCCGGAUAUAAACUAUUUCGAUAACACUCAAGUUCGGAUCUCGGACGACGCCUUAUACAGUGUCCAGCUGGGACUUUACGUAAUUGGAUACAAGGAGAGCGAUGAUAACAAGGUAAUCCUACUGUUGCAUCCUUGUAAUGAGAUUUUUUAGAAAAUUAUUUUAAAAAAUUUAUAUUCCACUUGAUGACAAAAAAAAGUAAAUUUCAGAUCAAAAAAUUCCGUCCCGAGCACCGAGUGCUCUGUCGGCUAGCCAGUUAUUCGAAUCGAAAUCAACCGGAAUAUCGAUGGACAGCCCAGAAAGAGAGGAUUAACCUAAACCAAGUGGAACAAUGGUAUUUGACGGACUGGGAGAGAAUGCACGAAUUGUACACGUUCAGAGUUGGAUAUCUGAAAUUGGCACCUCUCAGAGGAAACGAGCAACAAUUUGUGGCGCCUCAUCUGCUAUCUGGGUAAGUUCGUUAUAUUGUAGUAGUUCUAGUACAAUAUAAAUUGAAGAAAAUGUGUAUGUCAUUAAAGAAUAAUAAGUGAAAGGUGUAGAAAAAUUACGAAAAUGAAAAAUACGACAAAAUGACACAUUUUUAAAUCGAAAAUCAAUAAUUUUUGGCGCGAAACUUUUUUUUGAACAAAUUUGUUAAUUUUCAGUGUGAUUUUAUGGACAAAUUUGGAAUUUACACCCAAAUUAAAACCUAAAAAUAAUAUUUAUCACAAUUUUUAAUUAGAACCCUAGAUUUUACAUCCAUAAAGAUGAAAAAUUAUAUUGUUUUAGUCUCGUUUCUGCUCCGAUUUCCCUCCAUUGGCUGUGGACCACGAACAAUCCUCGGUUUGACACUACCACUUACUCGUCUCAAGAAUCCGAAGGUCGUCAAGAAUUCGUCAGUCUAAAGGCUACGGAGAUGUGCCACGAUUGGUAUGAUGAAGAUGGGGCUCAAUGGAACUUCAUCCGCGACACCGAGACCAAUUCGUCCUGUCCUUGUGUGGAAAGUCAGGCCAAAUACGAUCUGGGAAGAUUCAUGCCGCAUCCUCGAUGCUCGCAGACCUUUAGAGACAUCACUUGCACGACGAUGAUCGGAGCCAAGAAUUGUUACAUGAGUUCUUCCAAUAUCUACGGCGCUCAUGCUGGAAGGACUGUUAAUUACGGAUACGAAGCCGAAAGAACAAGGUAAAAGCGGGUUUAUGGUGGAGAAUUAUUCUCUCUAAACACCUAAGUACCCCAACAGUUUUUCAAAACAUAUUUCUUAUCGUUAGGUCAUCAUUUUUAUGUCUCACAUUAUACUGGGUGAUUUGAAUUUUUUUCUUUUAGUCUUUUCCCCACCCAUUAUGGCCAAGUUUGUUGCUACGAUGAGAAAGGAUUCCUCCAACAAACCACCUACCAGCCAGUCAUCAAAGUGAUUGAGGAAACUCCUUACAAUCCGGGCUUUCCCCUCAGAGCAUACGAGUUUGGCACUUCUCCAUAUAUGGGUCAGUUCGAGGUCCCUGGACUCUCCGCCUUCCAUCACGACUAUAUGCCGUAUUUCUUGUGUUGCAAGUUCGCCAAGUUCCGUUGCCAACUCUUCUAUUGGCGUCGUCCCUCCUCCGGCUGCCAACAAUAUCAACCACCCGCGAUUGGAGAGGCCCUCGGGGCCGGAACCUUCCACACGGUCGACAAUGAGAAGUUCAUCUUCAAUGAGCCCGGAGUCUACACUUUGUUGUACAUCCCGAAGACAGUGUUCACUCCAGAAGUCCGUAUUCAGGUCAGAUUGGAGAGGUACCCCAACAGGAGAGUCGACUUCUCACUUCUCGGCCGAUAUCUGAGUCAAGAACAGCUUGUCCAGCCGACCAAUGCCACUGUAAUCACGGGAAUUGCUGUUGAAGCGACGGGCACGGACCGAGUCCAUGUUCUGGCCAGAGGGGACACGAGGAGGUUCAGAUAUAGAACAAGUGUCAUCGUGGGGAAUAUCCUCAGAUAUUUUGACACUAUGCAUCUGCAACGCUUCAAAGGAGUGCUCAUUUAUGUGAACAAUGUGGAAAGAGGGCAGCCGGAGGUCUAUGUGGUGCUGGAGGAGGCUCAGAUUGGGGUGAGGAUCAGAGAAAGUUACAGUAUGGACAUUGAUCGGAUGCCUCAAUAUCAGGAGUCCAUGGGAAUGUUGGACAUUCAGUUGUCGGUCCCACCGCAAUAUGGAGUGGUGAGUAGCUUUCAGCUGCUUUUAAGCCAUGGCAAUUUUUGAUUUGUAAUGAAAAUUUUAUAUUUUAGCGUCCUGAUGGAGAUAAAACUCGGGAACAAGAACAAAGACAGCGAUAUGCCCUCCCAAGAGUGGCCGGAUUACUUCGACCGUUCCCAGAGACAGCCACUGGCAGCUUCAUGAACACCAUUACGUUGUCUGAUGUUAAUUCCGAGACCAUUCGGCAACAAAUUAUCACCAAUUGUAAGUGUAAUAUGAUUUUGGACCGAAAACCACAAUUUUUGUUGAGUCAUGUAUUGAUUUGACUGCUGCAAAUAUAAGGCAUACUAAUUUGCUAUAUUUUAGACAAGGUUCCCGGCAGUGGCGAGACCUUUACCGACUACAAUCAAGCAACUCUCAACCAAUACAUUCCCACGGAUAACAUGUUCAGUACAAGUAGAGAUGAGGACAAGAAGUUCGAGGUGUUCCCGGAGGCCGUGAUGAAGAAUCAGCCCAUUUACAAGACUUCUGAAGUCUACGAAACGUGAGUUUCAAAAAACAUUUGAAUGAUAAUAUAAUUUUAGCGUGGCCUAUCGAUUCCGCCCUAUGACUGGUCAGGAACUCCAACAACUCAUAAACUUCUGCGCUGAAUUGGCUGGAUCCAACACCAGUGAGUUGAAAAUUUAAGGCGCUUUUGAUAUUACUUAUAUUAGACUAGACAAAAUGAACUAAAAUUUUAGUCAAUCUCCAACCUCUGGCUGGUCAGAUCUAUCAAGACUCGGCGCAACAAAGAUGUCCCGACAAUCCACAGAAGAUCCUGACGGAUUGCGGAGACAAUGUUCCUUGCUUAUACGACUACACGAUGAUGAAUGCUGAGAUCCUCGGGAACGAGGCCAAGAAUGCGUGGAAUGCCUUCGUUUACGAUCGGAAUCAGGCCAUCAGGCAAUGUAAGGGACUUGUCUCGACUAAAACAUUUAUUUUUCAAUUAAAUUACCUAGUGUAAUAUUUGCUAUGUUACAGACAACAGCUGUGGACCCAUUAUGAUUGAGUACCCCGAAUAUCUUAUGAAGACUCCAGCGUUGAGUUCAAGCUAUUUGGAGGGAGAUACCGCGAGAUUUGAGUGUUUCCAGACUCAUUGGAUUCGAGGGGAUCAUGAUUACAAAUGUAAGUUUAAGCUAUGAAAGUUUUGUUUCGAUUUUUUGGCCUUUUUACUGCGAAGAUCAUGGCUUUCGACUCUAAAUUUAAUCUCAUUCUUUAGGCAGUAUCGUGGUCGACUACAACAACCCCAACACUUACCGUUUCGAAUGGAAUAAGGGCUGGCAACCGUGGUGCCGCUCUCGAGAAAUGGACAACUUCCUCAAGUGGCUGACCGCCAUCAUAUCCAUCAUGGCCAUUAUUAUGGUUUUCAUAUUGAUCUUCUUCUUCUGCUGGACGUUGAAGAUGAAACGACAACAGGAAAGAGAGCAGAACAAGAGCAGUAGAUUCACGCGAUCCGUGGAUGACUCGACGUAUCCGAGGAAGGAGGACAUCGACAUUAAUGGCUUCCGAAGAGAGCCCGACUUCAAGGGUCCCCCAGAAUCCGAACUCCGCGCCAGACGCCCGGUGGGCCCGGUCCAUCAAGAUGAGGGCGAGUCUUUGGUCGGUCUUAACACUAGUGUCUAAAAAACGGAAAAUCAUUCCAGUUCACGCCUAUGAUAUCAAAAAUUACUCUGUAA